AUGGCCCAAGAAAACUCCCCACGCAAGGCACGCCCUGCCGCCGGCCCCAACGUAUCUGUCUCGGCCCCAGUGGACGCCAAUGGCCCUUCCACGAAUACAAUUUCGGCGCCAAGUAAUACAAACAACACCACCAACACCCCUACCACCACCAACUUCCAGAACAAGGCGGUGAACAAGGCCAGCAUCGACCGUGUCCUCCAACAAAGAAACACCGCCGCCAAGAUCGGACUCAAGUGUCUUCCUGAUCAGACCAAAGAUGCUUGUGACCGUAAGGGGGGAAAGUUCACUAUGAUCUUGGCUGGAUGCCGCGGAACCGGCAAGAGUACCUUCCUCAAUACUCUUAUCGGCGAGAGCCUGGCAAAGGAGACCAAAGACAGGAUCGACGGUCAAGUUCGCACUCGGCGCUACUCUCUUGUGGAGUCCAAGUUUGACUUGGACCUUACCGUGGUGGACAUGCCUGAUUUUGCUGCCAACAUUGACAACCAAUACACCUGGCUUCCUAUUGUCAAGUACAUCGAGUCGCAGUUCCGCCAGUACUUGCUCCAAGAGGAACAGCCAAGGAGGGAGUUGCUCACAGACUCCCGGGUACACGUGUGUGUCUACUUCAUCUCACCUACCAACACCGAAUUGAGCACCUUGGAUAUUGAGUCUAUGAAAGAAAUCUCCAAGCGCGUCACUUUGAUUCCUGUAAUUGCACGUAGCGACACUCUCAACAAGGAGGAGUUGGUUCACUUCAAAGGCAUCAUCAACAGAACUUUGCAGGACAACGAAAUUGACAUCUCAAAGUAUCUCCAACACGAGAGCGUGGCAGAGAAGCUUGCACAACAUGCGCCUUACGCCAUUAUUGGUUCCAACACAAUGUACAAGAACGCCGACGGCAAUUUCGUUCGGGCAAGAAAGUACGGCUGGGGCAUGGUCGAAGUUGAGAAUGCAGAGCACUGCGACUUUGUUCACAUCCGCGAUUUGUUGAUGCUGGACCAUAUGCUUGACUUGAUGAGCGCCAUGGACCACUACUACAACUCGUUCCGCACCGAGUUCUUGCGUGCUCGUAUUCGCAGCCAGAGGAAGUCUGGAGACGAAGCUGAGCAGAUUGGCGCUGCCGCCGAGGAUGGUCUUGCUUCGUACAAAGUGUACAAUCCACUCCUCACCCGUGAGUCUCAAUGCCACCUUGAGAAGUACUCUGGUGAGGGCGAAGCGCUCGACAAGGAAGUGCGCCUGCGUUUGGAGAAAUGGAAGACAACUGAGGAGGUCCGCUUGCGUGAAUGGAAGAAGCGUAUCCACAACAUCCAAACCACUCACAAUGCUGAUUUGGAUCAGUCAUGGCAGAAGAUUGACGCAUUAGAGAAGGCUAUCCUUAUGAUUGACCCCGAUGAGAAGGACAAUCUUCAAAGGCUUUCUGAGAGAGUCAGAGGAUUGUCCGUACAAAAAGCGGCUGUUGACCAAGAGAGCAUCGUUGCUCCUAGUCUUUCUGUUGGUUGA